UCACUGAAACAACGAUAGUCUAAGCCCAACACAACCAAAACCAUGCAGAUACCACCUUCCAACUCCAUCACCACUCAAACACUUGUUCCACGGCCUUAUACAACAAACUCAUGCCACCGCCACCUCUUGCCGCCGCCCAAGGCCGCCGUCUCCGCCGUCUGCGCGGCGUCGCUGAAGGCUCGGAGGACCCACUCAAUGCCUCCGGAGAAAAUUGAAAUUUUCAAGUCGUUGGAGGGCUGGGCCUCGGAGUGGGUCCUACCACUGCUAAAGCCCGUGGAGCGAUCCUGGCAGCCUCAGGACUUGGUCCCUGACUCAUCACUGCCGUUCGAAGAGUUCAGCGAGGAGGUUAAAGCCCUUCGCGAACGCACCAAGGAGCUCCCAGACGAGUACUUCGUGGUGUUGGUGGGUGACAUGAUCACCGAAGACGCGCUUCCCACUUACCAGACCAUGAUCAACAACCUCGACGGCGUGAAAGACGACAGCGGAAGCAGUCCAAGCCCGUGGGCCGUGUGGACCCGGUCCUGGACCGCAGAAGAAAACCGACACGGAGAUUUGCUCAGAAGUUAUUUGUACCUCUCCGGUCGCGUUGACAUGGCUAAGGUUGAGAAAACCGUCCAUUACCUCAUCGGAGCUGGCAUGGACGUUGGAACAGAGAACAAUCCUUAUUUAGGGUUUGUGUACACUUCGUUCCAAGAGCGAGCAACUUUCGUGGCGCAUGGGAACACUGCUCGGCUUGCGAAGGAAGGGGGUGAUCCAGUGCUUGCGCGCAUAUGUGGAACCAUUGCUGCGGAUGAGAAGCGCCAUGAGAAUGCAUAUUCAAGGAUUGUUGAGAAGCUUCUAGAAGUUGAUCCCAGUGGAGCCAUGGUUGCAAUAGGAAGCAUGAUGGAGAAGAAGAUCACAAUGCCGGCACAUCUUAUGUACGAUGGGGACGACCCUAAGCUAUUCGACCAUUACUCUGCAGUGGCCCAGCGAUUGGGCGUGUACACAGCCAAUGAUUAUGCAGAUAUCUUGGAGUUUCUGGUUGGACGGUGGAGAUUGGAGAAGCUGGAAGGUUUGACGGGGGAAGGAAAGCGGGCACAGGAUUACGUGUGCGGGUUAGCGCCUAGGAUUAGGAAGUUGCAAGAACGCGCUGAUGAGCGAGCGCGUAAGAUGAAGGCGCAGAGUGUGAAGUUCAGUUGGGUCUUCAAUAGGGAACUGCUUUUGUGAAAUUUGAGUUGAGAGUUGAGUGAUAAUUAAUUAAAUUAAAGACCCUUUGCAUAUGGAAGUUGUGCCUGAUGGGGUUGAUUAAGUGAUGUUAUUACAAGUUUAGGGUAGUAAGUAUUAAUAUUAUAGAGUUUUGUUGUUUUGGGUUGUGGUUAUAAUUAAGAAAAAUGUUUUCUUAACAA